AUGGGAGAGGAUAGCGAUGCCCAUCCCGCGUCCAAAGAUGGCCCGCAUACAGCAACCCAGCGUCUGAAUCAGGUCUCCUCGCACAUCGCCCCAGCGCCAGAGACGCCUCCAACAGGAACAUCCAAAACAGAAUCCAAACAUGCAGCAUCUCGUCUACCAGCCGACCACUCUGACGUCCUUUCCCAAAUCGCCACACUCCGCAAAAUUGCAGCAACCCCUGACCCCAGCCACCGCGGGUACGUGCGCCAGAAGCAAGCAGGAAAGCUCUGGGUGCGCGAGCGUAUCGACGCGCUGCUCGACCCGGGCUCUUUCACGGAGAUAGGCUCUGUCUCCGGCACAGUCACAUGGACGAAGACUGCGCCCAUGCGAGAGACGCCCGCUUCUUUCGUGCCGAGCAAUAAUGUCCAGGGCGUGGGCCUACUGCGCGGGCGGAAGGUGCUCCUGACGGCGGAUGAUUUUAGCAUUCGAUCGGGGCAUGCGGACGGAGCUAGCUCGGAGAAAACGGUUUACGUGGAGAAGUUGGCGGUUGCGCUGCGUGUGCCGGUGAUCAAGUUGGUGGAUGGGAGUUCUGGAGGUGGGAGUGUGACGGCGAUUCGUAAGGAGGGAUGGAGCUAUUUGCCUCAUGUCAGGCCAUUUAAGCCGGUGAUUCAGCAGUUGAAUAUGGGAAUUCCUAAUUUGGGCGCCGUGGUUGGUCCUGCGAUCGGCCUCGGUGCUGCGAGAGUAGUCUCUUGCCAUUUCUCUGUCAUGGCGGCGGAUAUUGGCUCGCUGUUCAAUGCUGGUCCGAAGGUUGUGGAGGGUGCUACCUUUGAAGAAGGUUUGGACUUCCAAGACUUGGGAGGUCCAAUGGUGCACUGCACGAAUGGGACCAUCGACAACUUGGCUGCGAAUGAGGCGGAAUGUUUCGAACAACUGCGCACGGUGUUGAGCUAUUUGCCCAACUCUGGAAGCGAGGCCCCACCGGUCGUCCCUUGUGAUGAUCCGCCGGGUCGUGAAGAUAUAGCUCUCAGGAGUAUCAUCCCUCGUCGACAAGCACGCAUGUACAACCCGCGGACUAUUAUCACCUCGGUCGUGGACCAAGAUUCCUGGUUUGAGAUUGGUGCACUUUGGGGUCGAACCGCGAUCGGUGGUUUGGCACGUCUUGGUGGACGUCCUGUGGGUAUUAUAUCGCUCAACUGCGAGGUGAAUGGUGGUGCACUUGAUGCCGCCGGAAGCCAGAAGCUCACCCGCUUGUUGAAGAUGUGUGAUGUGAUGAAUCUGCCGAUAUUGCAAUUCCUUGACGUCCCCGGCUAUGCAAUCGGCACUGUUGCUGAACGCGCCGCAACAAUGCGCUGGGGUGUUGAACUCGCCAAAACAUACUACACAACAACAGUACCAAUCUUCAACGUAGUAACUCGCCGUGUCUUUGGGGUGGCUGGUGGCGUCAUGCUCGGCAGUCGUGACCCCGUCAUGCAAGUCGCAUGGCCAUCCGGGCAAUGGGGCUCCCUGCCACUCGACGGUGGAAUUGAAGUCGGGCAUCGGCAUGAACUGCGGGAGGCAGAGAAGGUUGGUAAGAAAGAGGAACGUUAUAAAGAGCUUGAAGAGGAGUAUCUGCGGCUUAUGAACCCCGUGCGAACGGCAAAUGCAUUCGGCGUGGAGGAAAUCAUUGAUCCGAAGGAUACUAGACAGGUUUGCUGUUCGUGGGCGGCACAUGUAUAUGAUGUUCUUAUGAGGGAGAGAUUGGCUGAAAGAGCUUGCGGGAAGAUUCAGCCUUCUUUUGCCUGA